AUGGCGGAUCCAACUGACGAAGAUUUCAGCUCUUUGCCUCUGGAAGCGCGCGCAAGCCACAAAGUCUGGAAGGCGCGUCUCAGCGCCUACAAGGAUCUCGCUUCCCAGUUUGAAAGCGCGUCUACGCUACGCGUCCCAGACGCGCUCGCGGAAUAUUGGCGCAAUCCGGAGAAAUUCGCCACUUAUAUCGUCGAUUCCAACGUUGUAGCGCAGGAACAGGCGCUCAGCGCGCUUCUGGCGCUUCUGGACUAUCUCCAGAAGCUGCCCGCGCUGCCUAAGACCGACAAAGCGCGCGACGCGUGGAUCCCACUGCUCGCGGAGAAGGGACUAGGAUCCUCGCGCGCCAGCACCAAGGCCAAGGCCCAGGAAUGUAUCCUGACGCUGGUGGCCUUCGACGUCUCCGCCCAGCACGCCGUCGAGCUCGUAGAGCCUUUGCUCUCUAACAAGCUGCCCAGGCUCGUCGCCAGCUGCGUCGAGUGCAUCGCCAAGAUCGUCGAGUGUUUCGGGCUCGUCAACAUCGGCCAACUGCAAGACUUUCUCACGCACCUUCUGGAACCGAUCCCCAAGCUCUCGAGUCACGCGGACCGCAACGUCCGGUCCCAGACCAUGAACCUCAUUUCGCAACUUUACAAGUGGCUCGGCAAAAAUCUUCUCCAGGAGGUUCUACUCGACAAACUCAAACCAAUCCAGCAGCGCGAUCUCGACAAAACUUUUAACGGCUACACGGGUUCGAUUCCGCCGCAAGAGCAGCCGCGCCUGUUCCAAUGGCAGUUGCAACAGCAACGAGACUUGGCCCAAAAGGACCAAGACGGUGACACCCUGAUGGGAAACGAUGCUCUGCUUGCGACCAAUGCGUCCGAUUCUGCAUACCAACAGCAGCCUCAAAUCGAUCCUUUCGACCUGCUCGCGGCGACUUGCGUGCUCGACAAAUUGCCUGACAAUUUCUCGGAGCGCGUAACCUCGACAAAAUGGAAAGAUCGCGUUGAAGUCCUCGAAGAAUUACUCACAACUAUACUGGUACCUGCCAAGAAACUGGAAUACAAGAACCAGGACUAUAACGAGCUUCUGAGGCUCUUGGCGCACGUUAUCCAAAAAGACGCCAACGUGCAAGCAGUUACUAUAGCCGCGACGGCAGUGCACGAAAUUGGCUCCAAGCUAAAAUCCAACUUUAAUCGAAAUUACGCAAGUGUCGUUUUCGUGCCUUUACUCGAUAGAACUAAAGAGAAGAAACAGUCCGUCAGUGAGGCUCUAAACACCGCUCUCGAUACCGUGGCACUGUGCUGCGGUAUUGACGUGUGCUUAGAAGAUACUAUCACAUCCAUGAAACAUAAAACACCGCAGGUACGCAUCGAAUCCACCAAAUUUCUGACACGGCUUUUGACGCAAUGGCAACCUAGUAGCGCAAACACCCGUGAUGAACUCCUGGUCAAAUUACUUCCCGAGCUCUCCCCGGUGAUCUUGAAAAUUGUGAAUGACACCCAACAAACGGUGCGUGAUGCGGGGUUUGGUGCGUUGGCGGUUUUGGUCAAACUUUUUGGCGAACGUGAAAUGAGUGACGUUUUCGAUAAACUGGAUAAUCUUAAAAAGAAGAAAGUCAACGAUUAUCUUGCCAAAGUGGAAGUAAAGAAUGUCGGCACGCGGGUCGCGCCGACCGUUGAAACGGUUUCGACAAAACCUCCCGCUCGCGUAAAUUCUCCUCCCACGACCGCAAAACUGGCACCUCGUCAAAGUGGCGUUCCAGCAUCGCGCAAACCUUUGUCUGUAUUGCCAUCCAAGCGGGGACCCUCUUCGCCUCUCAAACUUGACGCAUCGCUGAAUUCAAAUAUACUCACAGAUGCCAAUGCUGCCAAAUCGCGUCUCACCACGAGGUCAUUGACGACCGAUUCGACCAUGGCAUCCAGGACAAGUUCCAUAGCGGCCGAGAAUGAAGAUUUGAAACUACAAAAACAGAAAUGGAUGCGCGAACGCCAAGAGCUCUUUGGCAAAAUCACCGAUUUCCAAGCGCAUAUAGCGCAAUUGAAGACCGAAAACACGCAAUUGCUUCAACAAAUGAGACAGCUGCAGGCAAGCAAAGAAGAAGUACACCUCGAGUCCCGCGCCAAAGAUACAAAAAUUUCAAAACUACAUACACGUAUCUCGGUUUUGGAAAAUGAGCUCGAGAUAAAGAGUGGACUCUCUUCUUCCAAUUUCGGUGUUCGCUCCAUUUCCUCCCAAGGCGCACCCUCGUCUCAUUUUUCGAUGGUAUAUCCCGGAACGCCACCUCCUCGCCAAGUGAGCAACUCAGCACAAGCGAGCUCUGAUCGGUCUUCCAGCGAAAUCGCACAUACCGCGGCAGAAGCCUCACAGCGAGGUCUGACCAGAUUUUCACCGCGUAAUUCAGGGCGAGCGAGGUCGCCUAGUGAAUCUAGUGACGACUUGCCUGGACGAGUGACGUCUCUGCAAUUGAGUUCAGGUAGCAAAUCACAUGCUCUCAGCAGCAAUUUUGUAAAUGAUGAAAGCUGGAAAAGAGCCGCAGAGGUAACAUCCCUGCUGAAAGCUAGGAUAGAACGUAUGCGAGCCAAAACGAGAGGCAUGAGUGCGGAAUAA